AUGGGCGGCGGGGCGCGGGAGCUGGCCGGGUUCCUGGCGGCGCUGGCCGGCUGGGUGGCGGGGCUGGCGGCCGCCGUGCUGCCGCAGUGGCGGCAGAGCUCGUACGCCGGGGACGCCAUCAUCACGGCCGUGGGUCUCCACGAGGGGCUGUGGAUGAGUUGCGCCGCCCAGAGCACCGGGCAGGUGCAGUGCCGCCUGCACGACUCGCUGCUCUCCCUCGAAGUUCACAUCCAGACAUGCCGGGCUCUCAUGGUCAUUUCUCUCCUCCUGGGCUUCUUUGGCAUCAUCGUGAGCGUGGUGGGCAUGAAAUGCACUAAAGUUGGGGAGGAGGAUCCUGUCACCAAAAGCCGCAUAGCUGUUGCUGGAGGUGUUCUCUUCGUUCUCUCUGGUCUGUGCACACUGGCUGCCGUGUCGUUGUAUGCAACACAGGUGACCUAUGAGUUCUUCAGAGAGAGCACCAUCCCCAUCAACACCAGGUACGAGUUCGGCUCUGCUCUCUUCGUGGGCUGGGGGGCUGCCAGCCUCUCCAUGCUGGGGGGGUCCCUCCUGUGCUGCUCCUGCCCCGCCAAGGAGCGCCGAGGACAGCGGUACCAGCAGCAGUCACAGCCCUCCGCAGCCCAGGACUAUGUCUGAGCCCUUGCCCUACGCUCCUGCUGCCCAGUGCCUCUCUGCCCUCCCAAAAAGAGGCAAGACCCUGGUGUUCCCACCCUGCCUGGACCCUGAAUGCCCUGUGAGACCUUUCUCCUUCUUAUCUUCCGGGUUUCAGCACCAUUUUCAGUGCCAGCCUCCAAAGCAGAGGUUUUAAGUGUCACACCUGUCAUAUCCAUCAUUGCUGUGUUCUCAGCUGGGGGGGGUGCUGCCCCCAGCCCCACAUUGUGGCCACACCAUCUCUGUGUGUCACAGGGAUUCUCUGGGGGUGCUGCAGGGAGGCUGAUGCCAGUGGCAAAGGGGCACAGAGCCAAUUGGCCAAUCCCACAGGGGUGUGCCACACAGAAGGGGUUUGUACCAUGGCCACCCCUUUCUCACAUCCUGUUUUCAGGAGCAAGUGGGGAGGAAAGCCAGUGUUUGGUUUUCCUUGGAUGAGGUUUUUACUUCUAACAGCACCAGCCCAGCUUGGGGUUCAAGCAUCCCUAAGCCCCGUUCUUGGCAGAGGGAUGCUUUUAGGAUGCAGCAUUGCCCUUCCUCAUUGCUACUG